UCUUAUUUUUUUUUUAAGCGGAAGUUCCGAGGAGUUUCGCCGAAGCAAUUCGCCCCCCCUCCCUUUCUAUCUGUCUCUCUCGUUUUGGGAAACAUGUCUUCCUCCGGUGGAAGCGACCACGACGGCGGAACAAAAGUUUUUUUCUGCUACAAAUGCGAUCGCAGAGUCCAUAUUCCCGUCUCCGAUUCUUCCGACCCUUUCUGUCCGUUCUGUUUGCAAGGCUUUCUUGAAGAAGUCGAAAACCCUAACCCUAACCCUUUUGCGGACCCAGAGCCCUCUUUUGGCUUUGAUCCUUUAUCCUUCCUCCCCUCCUCUUGUCCUGCUUCUCGCACCAGAAUUCGACCUGAUUCCGUAGAUUCCGACAUAUUCGACCCUGUUCAUUUUCUCCAGAGCCACCUUCGAGAUCUUCAGGCUGAUGGCGCGAACGUCCAAUUUGAGAUCAAUCAUCCUUCUGAACAAGCGUUUCGGCUACCCACAAACAUUGGUGAUUACUUUCUUGGUCCUGGCCUGGAGCAAUUGAUACAGCAACUCGCGGAGAACGACCCAAACCGCUAUGGCACCCCACCUGCUUCGAAAUCUGCCGUACAGAAUCUUCCAGCUGUUACUGUCACCGAUGAAUUGUUGAACUCGGAAAUGAACCAGUGUGCGGUGUGUCAGGAUGAGUUCGAGAAGGGUACCCAGGUAAAGCAAAUGCCUUGCAAGCAUGUCUAUCAUGAUGGGUGCUUGCUGCCGUGGCUGGAAUUGCAUAACUCUUGCCCGGUAUGUCGAUAUGAGUUGCCCACCGAUGACCCCGAUUAUGAGAACCCAACCCACAGGGCCCAGGGGAAUGCUAAUACGGGGUGGAGAUCUGUUGGAAGUGCCAGCAGCAGCGGAGCGGGUAGCAGACCUGUCCAGAGGACUUUUAGGAUAUCAUUGCGUUAUCCUUUUGGCUCACGUGAGUCUACUCAAGAGAGUAGCGAGCGAGGAUGGGGAAAUAUGCAAGAAGAUUUAGAUUGAAGCUGCCAUGGUUGAUGCCUGGAAGAUUGGAAGCUUUCUUGUGCAGCGUAAGGUUUCCGCCAAACAUUGGGCAUUGCCGCGGUAAAACAAAUCUUUAGUGGGGAUUGGGAGGUAUCAUCUAUGACUGGGAACUUUAUAGAAAUCAAAAGGUCAUUUUGUCUUGUGCGCUGUCAGGAAAUGGAAUGCGAUUGCUUGACAUUAAAUGAAGACAGUCAUUGAGAUUUUAGGCGGUGGUGUGGGGUGUUUAGGACAAUUUGUCCCCAGCUUUACUGUACAGAUCUUCAAUUGUUGAUUGCCAUCUCUUCUCUUGUAUGCUUUCUGACUUUUCAACCUGACUAUAUUUGAAUGAGCUACCGUCCACGUGAGCGGGCUAUAUAGUAGGGACAAUUUCCCGAGAUGGGAAAAUGGCGUUAGUUGUAUUCUUGUAUCUUCUUUAAAUAAUCCUUACAAAUUAAGCGGCUCUUUAAUUGUA